AUGUCGGAAAAUUCUAUAAAGCUAAAAAACCUAAUAAUCUUCUGUGUUCUGGCUGUUGUUGUUGUAACAUUAAUUGCUUACGGGUUUCGGUUGGACGCGAUUGGCCGCAGAGAAAAAGCUCUUGCGAGAAAAAUCGAAUAUCUGGAGAAAAUAACCGACGUCAUCGCUGAAAGCAUUGCUAUACAGCCAAAAAUCGGUCAUGAAUCUCCUCACUUUUUCGAUACCCCGAAUCAAUUCCCGAGAAUGUCGAAAGCUGGAGUUUUUCCAAUGCACAAUAUCAAAUUCGAACAUUUUGUGACCGAAGGGCGCAAGAAUGGAGAUAUGAAAGAUGUGGCAGUCCUUAUCGAAAGCACCAAUAAAAACGACACGCAAAGACUGAUCACUUCCCUGAUGUCUCAAAGAAUGCCAGAAGAUCUUCAAAUAUUCCUUUUCACUCCAACAAACAUUUCCGGAGUUAGUUACAAACUCCUGAAAUCUUGGGUCAACAAAACUUCAAAAGCAGUAGCUUUAAAUGAUACCGAUAGGCGCUCUGCAGCUUCCCGAAUUUUCGGAAUUCACCGCAAGAAUUAUAUCAUCACUCUCAUUGAUUAUCAACACAUUGGAGACGAUUUCACUGACUUCUUUUUCACCGGGAAGCGUGCGAUGGAAAUCGAUUCAAUCAUUCAUGGUGUUUGUGGACAUGGCAACGACGUUUGGCAGGACAGAAAUCUAGGAGACGUUCUUUGGCUUACUGAUUCACCCUGCUGGAACAACGGCUGGAUGUUCUCUCGUUCCUUUAUGAAGCGUUCACACAACUUGAUGAUGAUUCGCCCGGAAGUUUCGAGAGUUGGUCAUUCACAGAGAUCAGUCACUCAGGAUAGCUCCUGGAACAUCGACUUAUUCAAUCCUCUUCUCAUCAGACACGAAGAAUUUCUGCAGCGUUUUCAUCUCGAUCUCUCGCACUCCAAGAAAAUGAAACUAUCCGACUGGGACUUUCUUGAAGAUCUCGAUUUCAGAACUAUCUACAGAUACCCAUACGAAAGCGAUGAUGAUCUGAAGAUGUAUUUCAGAAACUCGAACAUUCAGAAGCUCUACAUGUUCAGAAAAAUCAUUCCAAUCAGCAUUGACCAUCGUAGAGCUUAUAUCGUUCCGAAGAACCAAAUGGAUCACUAUUAG